CAUUAGUAACGGUUUCGCAUUCAAACAUGGCGGCGGCCAGGCGAGUUGUGGAUGACACGGUCCGCUAUUAUUUGUUUCCGAAGCUCGAAAACCCCGCAAAGGCGAGACUUGAGCUCGAAAAGAGGGCCGAGCUGUACACAGCCAAGCUCCUUCCGCUCAUAACCAGCUACAUUUGGCAGGACGAGCAGUUCAACUUGUGCGUAGUUGACGCACAAAGAGACGGUGUUCCACCCCAUUUGGAAGGCAGCACGUACUUCGGAGACAACGUCGAGGACGAGUGGUUUAUCGUGUAUCUGCUCUACGAGCUCACCAAGGAUGACAAGGACUUGGUCGUCAAGGUCGAGGACACGGACGGAGAGUUCCUGCUCAUAGAGGCUGCCGAGCACCUUCCCAAGUGGUUGAAUCCGGAGACUAGUGAAAAUCGAGUGUAUAUUUAUCGUAAUAGCCUGCACGUGGUCCCCCUGGAGAAUGGCAAGGCCUCAGAAAGUGCCCCGGCACCUAGAAUUGACGAUGCCAUCACACAUAUCAGGUCUUCAAUCACAAAGACAAAGGCCGCACCGGGAGUGCAGAAGUCGCUGGCGGCCCGCUUCCACGAUGCACCAGCCCGGCACCGCACGAGCCAUCACCGGGCGCACUGCUACCUCCCGGCGGCAGCCGUGACCUUGCUCCAGCGGGACCCCGCCCUGCUGGGACCUGCGGUGGGGGCGUUUGUGUCACGUGACCCCCUCGACCUGAGGGCACUCAGGGCCAUGAGGCACUUCCCGCCCGAGACGCGUGUCAUGGCGGAGGUGCGCUUCACCCGCUGCCUCUACGCGCAGCUGAGGCAGCAGCGCUUCAUGCCCGAUCGCCGCGUUGGCUGGAACAUGCCGCCCCCUCACGCUCCCGAGUUCGUCGCCCACGACCUUGGCCUGAAACUGGCUUGUGGCCUGGAGAUUCUUGCUGCUGGGUCGGACAAGGUGGCCUCCAAUGGGGAACCUGACCUUGCUGAGCUUGGCGAUGAUGUUCGGUGGAAGCGCUUCCUCAAGAGUCUCACCACCAAGGGCUACUUUCAGGGUGAACUGGAAGGGUCCAAGUUGUACCACAUCCUGCUUCAGCGCGCCCGCGAGUACUUUGCGCAGACAGUCUUUGCGGUGGCCGACAGUGAGAGCGAGCGCCGCGGAAGGUGCUCGGCCCGCGCGCGGGUGUCACGGCUUCUGCGGCAGCUCGAUGUCAACGUUGAGAAACUCCGGGAAGAGAGCGAGAAGCUGGGAGAGCCAGACGAUGAAAAGUGGAUGGAGGUCACGCCGCAGGAUUUGGACCGCCUGCUCGAGGACUACUCGUCACGGGGUCCUGGCGAACAGAAACACAAGGACACUGCAUCCACGCACAAGGAUGAAGAAACCCUUGGCAAGACCAUUGCCGAGAGCCUGGACCGGUUUGUGCGUCACGUCUCGGACUAUGAAGGAGCAGAAGUGCCAUCAAAUGCAGUGGCCAAGGAUAAGUCACAGCCGAGUGAAGCCAAUAGUCAAGCCAAAGGCGAUGGAAUUGACUUUGAUCCUGACCGUUUCGUCGAGGCACUUGGGGCAAUUCUCGAUUUCAAGCUGCCGACAUCAGAUGACGAGUCUAGCUCGUCCAUGAGCAGCUACGGGGAUGAAGUUGACUCUCACGAUCGCCUGGCUGAUGUCAUCAAUGGUGGCAGUGACAGCUAUGGCAGUGAUGAUGACGAUUUGAACGGACCCGGGGUGGACCUGUCGCGCCUGGCCUUGGACAUGAAGAGCUACAUGGAGCUGAUGGACCAGGAGUUGGCAGGGACCAAUGUCGGACUGAGCUUCGAACGGCAGCCAGCAGCCAAGUCGACGGCGGCCAAGAAGGAAGCCAAUCCAGAUGCCGCAUCGUCACCAUCCAAGGCAAAGGAAGCACCACGAGCCACAGCUGAGAGCCUCGAUGAACUCGACUCCGACGACGAUGAUGAGGUGGCGGGCGGCGUUGGGUACCGGCCAGUCGACGUCAACUUGACGGCACUCAAGAACAUUCUCGAGUCAUACAGCUCCCAGGAAGGGCUGCCAGGUCCUGCUGGGAACCUGCUAUCAGCCAUGGGGAUCAGUGUUCCACGCAACGAAGAUGAUCAGUGAUCAUUGCAUCGUUGUGACUUAUGAGUGACGAUUUGUGCUACGUGUGGCAUGCUACAAGUGGUCCAGCUUUAUCAGUUGCUUCCAGUCCAGCUGCUACGACCUACGCAAGAUGUACAGGGUGUUUCAGAUGGGAAGAGCCGAAGUUUUUUUUUUUUUGGAAGAUGUUGAAGGGGCAUAUUAAACAGAGUUUUUUUCCUUGUCUAUAUAUGCAUUACUGUUAACAGAACACCUAGUUCCUUGAGACAUAGAUGACAGCAGCUGCGUUGGUGGUGCCAUCUUGUGGUUAAGAGCUUAACCGGAGUGGACGUGUAGCUAUUAUUGUACUGACCAGACGCAUUCUACUUAGUGGCUGGUGUGACGUGUUUGCAGCGACGCAACCAAUUAACAUUCAGUUCUUUCAUUUUUUAAAAACGUUCUUUCGAUGAGAACACUUACGUAACACAAAACAUGUGUAAUGCAUUGUGGUUGGACAAAAAUUCACAAGAUGUUACUGUUAGUGUUGUUACUGCUGUCCGCUUACCUGGUAACGUGGUACUCCAUCAACGGUAAUACAGUGGAACCUCGUUUAUAUGAUCCUGCAUAAUACAUUUUUGGGGAUAAUACCUUUCUUUUUCUUUUCCCGAUAAAAUGAUUUGGCUGGAUAAUACGUUGGGUGAUACGAUUUUUGGAUGAUACGCCUUAUUUUUCGGUUCCCGUGAAGAUCGUAUCAACGAGAUUCCACAUGUACAUCAUUAAAUGUGACAGAGUCACAAGUUGUCUUAUCAGUUUUAAGAAAAUAUUUUAUUUUAGUCAUGUUUUUGUUUAAUUAUUUUUGUUAGGGCACAAGGCAUGUCCACUUAUUGGAUCUCUAAGUCAAACCUGGCAAUGAUUCUCAGAUAAGCAUUCUCAAACUCUGUCACAAAAUAUGUUGCCAUCCCACUUAGCUUUGUGCUGCCUUGCAGGCAGGACGCUUUAGAAAAUAUGUUAACUGGAAUGCGAAUGUUUUUCUCCACAAGUUUGGGAGGGACAUUUUGAAAUGUUAGUCUUGGGGCAUUCUUACUAACUUUACACUUUGCUCACUGAUUGGAUUCAAUUCUGCAAAUACAACAUGUGCUCUAAUGCAGUGGUUUAAAAUGUUGCUUGGCAUCUAUUGUUGAAGUAAUUAGAUAAUCGGGGAUUGUCACAUGUUUACUAACAUUCGCUCCCGGUAGUGAAUUCAUUGGUGGAAGAAAGACAUCAUUAUGUCUAUUGCGCAGUCUUAAAAAUUUUGGCUCUUCCCAUUCAGAACGUUCUGUACAAAGUUAUGCAAGUCCGAAGAGAGCAGGAGGAACUGUCAGUAUUUGUUUUACAAGCAUGCAGCUGCGUUAUUAUGUGCAGUGUCCAUCGCACCUGUCCCAACCCAAGCGUGUGUUGGGGCACGGGGAUAACAGGGCUUAUUCCCGUCUGAAUAAAAACAUGACAUAGUA